CAUUGUUCUAGUGGACAACCACCAAGCUGUCAUGACUUAACUUUGGUGCAACGGCAACGUCACGAUGUAGUCAAUCGCCACUUGAGACAAUCGUCAAUUACAAUUUAGCUUGUCGUCGCUCAAAAUUAAACGCUGGAGUCGCCAAACCAAUGACCCACCGCCGCCGCCAUGGCUGAUACACCUCACGAGCGUCAUUCUCAACUCCUCGGACUUCCAGAUGAGCUGCUCCAGUCGAUCACAGACUACCUUUCUCCGAGCUCGACUGUCGCUUUCGGCAGCACGUGUAAGAGAUGUAACAAAAUCACAGAUGAGGCCUUGGUAUGGCGUCGCCACUGUGAGGAAGGAUGGUGGUUUUGGCACGAACGACACGAUUGGCGGAAGAAGCUUCGCGAGCGGCCUGCGGAAACGGAAUGGCGACAGCUCUACAAAGAGCGCCGGCGCAUCGACUUUGAGACAGAAAAGCUGUUCGAGGCGUUGCUGAACACCCAACAACACCGACUACAACGCAUAGAAACAAUCGCCAAUCAUGGAGAUGACGUUAGAGAACUUCUCUUGGUGCAUCAGGAUGAAACACCUGACGACGCCCCCGAUGUCCUGGCGCGGCGCCACUUUGCGAAUGCAAUCUUGGGCAGGAUGAACCGGAAGUUGGCGCUUGAGAAGUGGUCCCGUUUGCAGCGGCAAGAGAUGGUCAGUUUGGAGGAAGUUCUCGGCUCGUUCGAUCUGUUUGCCAUGUCUGGGAAAAGUGCAAGAUUAAACGAUAUCGCCAAAGAGUUUGAUUACCUUGCGCGAGAGAUCCGAGAAGAGGAUCCCAAGUUCAACGAUUUGAGCAUUCGUGCCAGGGCCAUUCGCGUCGCAGAGUAUCUGCGCAAGAAGGGCCUCGUGGGCAAUUCGGCACUCGAGACCGUGGACUAUCACGCCUUACGCAACAAUUAUAUCAGCAUGGCGUUAUUCGUACCUCCACACACAUCACUACCGCUGCAAACUGCUGCUAUCUAUUGUGCAGUCGCGCGUCGACUCGGCGUCAACGCGAAACCAUCGAACUACCCCCAACACGUCCAUGUCGUGGUCGAGGCACCUCGUGACGCAACUUUGGAUGGUAAGCCCAAGCUUCCUGACUCUGCGGGCGAACUCGAAAUCAUGCAUUUGGAUCCCUGGAACACAAAUGAAGAGAUCCCGGAACAACAGUUGCGUCAACGACUGCUCCUCAUGGGUGCACCCUCACACCUGCUACACCAGCAUCUCGGCGCGGCCACUAUCAUUGAAAUCGUCCAGCGGACCGCGCGCAACAUCAUGAACUCGGUCCAGGAAGCUCGUCGCAGUGAGCCACAGCCGGGUGAUAACGAUGACGAGCAUCCGGAGCGCGAGGCAGCUUGGUACAGCAUGCUCUGGGCUCUCAUGGUCCUCGGCGGUGCCAACGCUCUGCAGCAGCGCCGCCACUGUCUACCUUACUUGCAACGCCACGUACAGCAGUACAAUCCCGAAGACCUCGGGUUGAUCCAGGAUUUCGUCAUUCCAAUGUUCGCCGACAAAGACCUUCGGGACCUGGAGGAUCUUUCGCGAUACAUCGCGGCCGUGAGAGCAGCAGACCGAAAUCUACCUCCACCUUCACCGCGAGAUUCAGAUGCGACGCGUGCGGUGCGAUACGAGGUCGGCACGGCCUUCCUACACAAGAGAUAUGGCUACGCGGGAAUAGUGAUCGGCUGGGAUGCGCAAUGCGCGGCUGAACAAGACUGGAUCCGAGAUAUGCGCGUCGACAGCUUACCUCGAGGACGCACGCAGCCGUUCUACAAUGUCCUGGCGGAUGACAACUCGAUCCGAUACGUCGCGGAAGAGAACAUCUACAUUAGUCCUGCAGGCAAGCCUCCGCCGUCACUGCUUCGAAUGGCCGGAAGGUGGUUCAAGCGCUGGGAUGAGGGUGAGGGCAAAUUCGUCAGUAAUAUUGUGGAGGAAUAUCCUGAUGAUUGAACAAGUUUGGCCUGCUCCCGACACGAUACAAUACGAUGGUAUGAUGUAUGUAACAUGAAUUCAUGAUAUGAAGAUUUCUUGACUUCUUUG